AUGUCGCCAACUGUAUACUCUCAAGCCGAAUCUGCCGAAGUAGCCAAUGCUGUCGGGAAGUACGUCUUAAAAUUACAAGACAAGGCCUUAAAGGAAACUGAUACGUUUACAAUUGCUUUAUCCGGAGGUUCCCUUGGUAAAGUCUUGAAAAAGGCACUUAUUGAUAACAAGGAAAUUGCUGCACACAUAAAGUGGUCCAAGUGGGAAGUCUAUUUUAGUGAUGAGAGAAUUGUGCCUUUAGCGCAUGAAGAUUCCAAUUAUGGACUUUUCAAUGAAAUGGUUUUAAAGAACCUCAAAGGUGAUGACAAGCCAACUGUCUACACCAUCGAUGAAUCAUUGAUCUCCGGAGAAGAUGGACAAGUCGAAGGUGCAGAUGAGGCUAAGGACAACCAAAUUGCUGAAAAGUACGAAUCUCAACUUUCUCAGAAAAAGAAUUUUGACUUGAUCUUAUUGGGAUGUGGUCCAGAUGGCCACACCUGCUCUUUAUUCCCUGGCCAUGCAUUGCUUAGUGAAAGAAGUAAGAAGAUUGCUUACAUAAAGAACUCUCCAAAACCUCCACCAAGAAGAAUCACCUUUACCUUCCCAGUAUUGGAAGCUGCGAAGUCAAUUGCAUUUGUCGCUGAAGGUGCAGGAAAGGCUCCUAUCUUAAAAGAGAUCUUUGGUGACAAGGAAAGCAAAUUACCAUCCAAGUUGGUCAAUGACUUACAGAGUGGGGUGGAAGUCUCUUGGUUUGUUGAUGAUAGUGCAAUUACCGGAGUCGAUGUCUUAGCAUCAAAGUACUGA